AGGAUCAUGCGGCUUCGCGAUACAUCUUCACGUGCCUCUCGAAGGUGACGCGCUGCAUCUUUCCGGAAGAGGACGAUGCAGUACUGGAGCAUCUUUUUGAGGAAGGGCAUCAGAUCGAACCUCGUUUCUUCUGUCCGAUCAUCCCAAUGGUCCUGGUGAAUGGCGCAGAUGGUAUUGGCACCGGCUGGUCGUCCAGUAUUCCGAACUACAACCCGCGUGACUUGAUUUCCAAUCUCCGCUUGAUGCUCCGUGGGGAAGCGCCGGUGGCAAUGACACCUUGGUACCGUGGCUUCAAGGGAAACG